AAGAAGAAGAAGAAGAAACAAGCAAGAACCGUGAUCAGACUCAUUGGAGGCGUGUCUUGUCACGACAGACGAAUCAGGGGUUGUUUUGCUUGUUCCUAGCUCGAUAGCUUUGUCAAGUUAGCUAACAGCAGCUCAAGGCUGUGGACAGCAUGUCCAUUCAACACACAGGGAACACUCAUGAAACCCCAUCAAAUUCACAACGCAGAUAUAUACCCUUUAUAGCUAAGCUAUAAACUAGAGGUGAGUAUCAAGCUUGCACAUAUUUUACCUUCUGUUUUGCGAUAAUUAAUCAGCUAGCUAGCUAGUGUCUGUUAGCCAGCUAACUAGCGUUAGCUAUCAAGCAUCUUGAAUUGGGGAGGGCUGGCAUGUGUUCCUGUUUUGGCAUUAGAUUAGCUAUUCUAUUGUCCAUACAUGAUAGCUCAUGUCUAGCUAGUUAGCUACCUAGUUAGGUUCCACAACAAAUGUUUUGUGAGCGUUUUAUUAUUGAGAAAGGAGCACGGCAACAUGUCCGUGUUAGUCGUUCAUCAUCAUUACAUCACCACGCCAACUGAAGGCUACAAGGUCAGAUUUGCUGACUGGGUGGAGAUGUCACAAAGUAUCUUUGUAGAUGUGCAUGCAGUGCAAACAUAAGAUGCUGUACAGUGCAAUAUUACAGUUACUUAGCUAGCUACAGUAUUUUGUCCUGCACCAGAAUAUAACGUUAGCCGGGUCAUUCCAACUGAGCGGUGCCUUAGUUUUGGACCUAAUAACUUUUGGGGAAAUAAAGUAUAUACACUACCGGUCAAAAGUUUUAGAACACCUACUCAUUCAAGGGUUUUUCUUUAUUUUUUUUACUAUUUUCUACAUUGUAGAAUAAUAGUGAAGACAUCAAAACUAUGAAAUAACACAUAUGGAAUCAUGUAGUAACCAAAAAAUUGUUAAACAAAUCAAAAAUAUAUUUUAUAUUUGAGAUACUUCAAAUAGCCACCCUUUGCCUUGAUGACAGCUUUGCACACUCUUGGCAUUCUCUCAAACAGCUUCAUGAGGUAGUUACCUGGAAUGCAUUUCAAUUAACAGGUGUGCCUUCUUAAAAGUUAAUUUGUGGAAUUUAUUUCCUUCUUAAUGCGCUUGAGCCAAUCAGUUGUGUUGUGACAAGGUGGGGGGGUAUACAGAAGCAAUUUCCAAUCUGUUAGGUGCAUAAUCCUAACAGGGUGGAAAUGUGGAGACUAAAUUAGCCACAGCUCUGUGAGUAAGCAAGAUUGAACUAGCAUAAUGGUGAACACUUGAACAGGAUUUUAAUUUAUCUAUCAAACAUAUUUUUAAAUGUUUAAAUUUGGUUAAUUUUCUCAAUUUAGCUCAACACAGUGGAAAUGUAUGAGUGGGACAUAGACUAACAACAUGAAACGUGGAAAAAUAGAUAGAACGGUUUAUUUAUUUAGCUUUGCACAAUUGUUUUCCCACCAAAGAAAUUAUGACACUUCCUGAAUGGUGGUGUCUUUGUAGGAAGGGGUUGUUUUCUUAAAUGGAGAAUUACAACAAACUAACAGGGUGGAAAGUGAUAUCAGGGUCACACAUAAUGUUAAAUAAAAUAAUAAAUACAAUAAUCAUGAAUAAAAAGUUAUUGAGAGAGAAUUUAACUAGGACUAUAAAAUAAUGAAGAAAUUAUUUUAUGGCAUAUUAUCUAGUGGAAGUAGAUGAAUAACACCUGGGGACAUGGUAAAAAUGCCUACGUCCACAGAAAAAAAGUGUUCAAAAUGCAUAAAAUUCCCUUUCAAUAUCCAUAUUUUUGUGUUUUUUAAGGUAAAGGACACCUGACCUUAUAUUUAAAGCCUUUUGGAAUCCACAUUUAAGAAGUGAUAUUUCCUGGUGACAGAAAAGGCACCACAUUGUAGGAAUGACCCAAGCAAUUUAUCACACAACACAGGGCAAGGUUGAUGAAGCACAUGGGUUAGAAAUAUUAUGCAUUAUAAUCAGAUGCAUGAGCCAUAGAGGAAGUGUUUCUUAUAAUUGUUGUACUCUUAACAACUAGCUAGAACCUAUGCUGUCUUAAUUCUGUGGGAAUUAGCCUAGACAAUGUUGUAAAUGUAGGAGGAGGUUCCUGGCCUGUGUUCAUGUUUUUGCUGAGGGUUGGGAUAUGGUGGGAUUUGUUAUAGGGUAAUCCUGCCACAGUCAGCUGCAGUAGGGGAGGUGAUAGUCAGGGAAAUUGGAACGUGAUCGUCUGCCAGCAAGCCAGCAAGCCUGCAACACGAGACAUUCGGCAUGGCUUGAUAAGUGCUCAGUUCCGCUGCAGUGCACAAACACAUUCAGCACAUCCAGCAACACAUUCGAUCAUAUGCUUGAGAUGGCUCCCUCUGAUCAAGAACUGGGCUGGAAAUGUUUAUACCGUAUUUUCCACACUAUAAGGCGCACCGGAGUAUAAGCCGCAGCAGCUAAAUUGAAUGAUGUGUACAUAUAUAAGCCGCACUGGACUAUAAGCCGCAGGUGUUUUAAUGUUUAAUUACCAUAUGUAAGGGUUCUGAUGGACAGUCCCUUUCGUCUCAUAAAUCUGAAACACCAGGAUGGUCCACCUCUAAAAUGUUCAAUUUUCAUUUCGGUGGCGACUGUUUCAGCUUUCAGUCGGAUCUGCACGGUGGAAACACCUCGGCCAUCUGCUCUCUGUGUGUUCACCCAAUCUUCAAGAAAGUCUUCAAGUUCGGGCCAUCUGCUUUUAUUACCUCUGAAAGCUUUUUUUGACUUUUUGCAUUGAGACAGUUCUUCCCGCUGGCGUCUCCAACGUCUCACCAUUGACUCAUUGAUGCCAAGGCUACGUGCAGCAGCUCUAUUUCCUUCUUUUACAGCCAGAUUGACUGCCUUUAAUUUAAAAGCUGCAUCAUAUGCAUUUCUACGUUUGUUUUCCAUAAUGAGGGUUUGUGCAUGAACUUCCUUUGCACAAACUGUCUCGCUCUCGUAAUGUCUGUCUGUCUUGCUCUCGUUCUGUCUCUCGUUCUGUCUCUCGUACCACUCUCGGUUCCACUUUUACUUUUGCGCGCUACCUGUCUCACUCUUUUCCGGCCUCCAGCUUUUCCUGCUGGAGCCCGCCGCUUAAAGGUGGGGGGCGCGGACCGGUCAUAGAGCCCAUAGAGUUAAAGUUGGUGGACUGUAACCUGUAAAAUCCAUAGAUUUAGGAGGUCUUCUAGUGGCCGUUAGCUGUAAAAAUCCAUAGAUUAGCCGCACCGUUAUAUAAACCGCAGGGUCGAAAAAUUGGAAAAAAGGCGCGGCAUAUAGUCCGAAAAUUACGGUACAUCUACUCUAGCAACUUGCAGUUGAAACGAUUAGCCCUUAUCAGCGGUAUGUUAGUGGUACUGUAAAGAGAGGUAGAUGUUCUCUCUUGUUGCUUUCUAGACUCUUUCAUUCAUAAUUUUCCAAUUAUAAAUGUAUCUUAGUAAACAACACAUUUUGUAUCACCCAUUUCAACCCAAGUUCAAAUCCCCCUCGCUGUCUGUAUUGAAUGUGGGCUUAGUCUAUCUUCUGUGGAUAUAGGAGUUUUUACAUCACCAGACAUGCUAUUGUAUCAGUGAGGUGUUGUGGGAGUGUGUGGGGUUUAAAAACAGGGUGUAGUAGCUAGGAGAGGGGAGACGUGCACACAACAGAUACCUUAUCUUAGUGUGUCAAGCUCUCUAUUAUAACCCCUUCUAUCUUAGCCCACAUGAAUGGAGGCUACUGUACGUCUGGUCACUAUCACUUAGAAAUAGACUCCUGAAUAACAAGGUGUUUGUCAUUCAGACUAGUAGUAGCUAUUGGCUAUUCAAGGACACCUAAGUCACAUGUUUGGAUAAUAUGGAGGAGCCUAGGGUUAGGCUAAGCUCAAGCUUUACAAUAGCCAUGCUGUUGACCAGGCAGUGACCACUCUUGCCCUGAGGACAUUCUGUAUUUUGUCUCAGUAAUCAGGCACUGUUUGACAGAGUAUAGCCUAGCUCAAAGCAGAGGCACACCCCAACAGCCUUGUUUAUUUGACAUAACAUGGAAUCUGACAAGCUCUAACGAGCAUCUCAUUAGAAGAGAAAAUAAAGUAACACUAUGACAUGGACAGUUGAGUAGUGCGGUUAAAACUGAUGUUUUCUGUCUCAGGUGGUCAGGAUGGUGGAGCGGCCUGUUGUUACCCCCUCAGCUGGGAUCAGUCCAGUGCAGCAGAUGCUGGCCUCUGGCACUGGGGCGCUGCUCACAUCAGUGUUCGGUAAGAUCAGUGUCCAAUAGAGGGGCACAACCAUACACAUGUCCCUUCUCUCUGCCAAUCAAUCAAUAAACCUACCUACAAACCACACACACAGGUACGUUAUUUGAAUCCACAAAUCACAUUUGAUUCAAGAAGGAUUCAAAUUUCAAGGUUUUUGUAUGGAUGGACACUUAAGGAUACAGAAAGCACCUUCUCUAAACAGCUAGGCUGCACCUUCUCCAAACAGCUAGACUGCCCAUAACAGCUCAACAGAGCAGUACCUAGCCAAUUGCUUUUCUUUAAUCUUUGACAGGCCUGCAAUCUGGAGGCCACGUACUGUAAGCCUAUGUACGUGGCCUAUAGAGUGGUGAUGAGGAGGAGCUCCGCGGACCCUUCGUUUCCGGAAGUCAUUUAGCCAUUAAUUUAGGGCUGUCCCCAACAAAACAAAACAAAAAUUGUUGACCGAGAGUUGUCUGUUCUUUUGACCAAUCGAUUGGUAGACAUUUUAAAACUUGUAUUUUUCCAUAUAUAGACACAUCCUAUGUAUUUUAAUCAAAUACACUAUAUGCACUGAGCUUGUCUGAUUCUUUAAGCGCACUGUGUGAUGAAAUAAUUAAGACACACAAAUGACUAGACUGAGUCUGACCGUAAUUGAUUUGAUUGUUCCGGGCUCACACAUGUUUAAAAAAAAAAAGACAGCGAGUGACUGUGACUAGCACCCGUUGUCUCUCUCGCUCCUCCCUGCUGCAGUGACCACAUCAACAUCAACAGUGUUUAUCUGUGUUGCUGAAGCUGCAACAUAAUUACAGCUAUUUCUGACUGAAAAGUUCUGUUACUGAAAUUCCUAAUUUGUUUAGGAAAAACAUUCCCCAUUCCCUCAACCCUUGCUCUCUUUAUGUGAAAUGUAUGCAUCGCACGUGACCAAUAGGGCCUGACCUAUAGCCUGUCAUAAUCACAUCAAUAUAUUGGUUGUAACAAAUUCUGAACACCAUAACACAUUGACAUCAAAAUGAAUGCAGAGGACGUGACAAAUAAGCUCGAAACAGGGGAAUGUUUACUGGUUGCUUAGCAGGUAAAGGAGAAAUCAGAUGUGUGGAAUACAUUUGACUAGUUAUGGAAAAUCAAGAAUAAUAAGGUAAGGCGCAAGCGCUGCAUGCAUAUUAUGUGUGCCAAACAGGUGCUGUUAGAUAUAAUAUACUUUUUCUGACCGUUUGGAACAUUGUAAACAACACUAAAUACAUUCUAAGCGUACCAGAGAGUGUUGUAAUGUUUUUUUGUAAAGCCUGUGUUUUUAGUCUUUGCUGUAAUAGUCAACAUUCAUUCCUGAAUGCAAUUUUCCAAAAUGGAAUGUUUAUUUAUUGUUUACGCUAAUUAUUCAAGGGUCGCUUUAGUUUAUUUUAAAGCUAAAAUGCUUGAUUCCAUUUCAAAUCAUGAAUGUCUCGUAUGCUGUGUGAUGGCAUGAACUAAUUCAUGAUUGAUUGAUUGAUGCAGUAGCCUAUAUAACUAUUGAAAUAAAGGCCUAAGUAAGUUACGGUCUUAGGCCUACAGCUCGAUGGUGGUUAUACAAGGCUGCUAUACUAAGCCUACUAAUUAUGUAAUUACUUAUUAUUAUAAUGAUGACCAACAGCCUAUCGACCAAACUGUCGACUAAAUGGGGUCAGCCCUACAUUCAUUGUAGUCAUUGCGCUCUGUAGAGUUUCAAUUUUUUCUUGUCAAUUAACUCGUUACAUUCCCUAGAUUACUUAUAAUAUUAAUAAAGUCCGAUUUUAUCAACAAACACGAUAGUCAGUGUAAAAAAGGUUAAAGGUACAAGACUGUGUACAUAUCUGGCUGUGUUGGCAGAAUCACUACAUAUCCCAUCGAGCCAAGCGGGGAGGGGCUGCCUGUUGUCACAGUUCCAAGACCAGUCAGAAACGUCCAGCUAACCCUACGCCAAUGACACCGGUGGAUCUCAAAACUGAACUUGGAUCUGCGUUAAGUAGCAAUGAUAUCCUUCACCACCGUUGUCUUACGACAGAUUUCACAAACAAGUCAUGACUAUUCAAUAAAACAAUAAAUUCAUUUAAAAGUUUCUUUCCAGCUAAUUAUAACUAGCAAAGGAGUUUUGAAGUUGAGGGUGCAGUGUUUAUGAAGUUUGGCAAUGAGGACAAAAACUACCACGGUUCAGUAGCCAGCUGGUUUAGCCAGGGAAAACGAACUCGGACCUUGUGCGCAUGUGCGCCAUACCUACUAGGCAAAUUCAGGAGACAGAUUAUAGAUUUUAUGCCCUGAUAUCAGGAGCUGGCAGCAAAAAGUAAGAUUAAACAAUUCAGAGACUGAAACGGAUAAAUCAGAUUACAAAUAUUUAAGGAGAGCGAAUUGAUAAACAAUCCUGAAAUCAGCUGUAACUGUCAAUUGUAACAAAGUUAUAUUCGAUACUGUCUGUACAGAAUGACCCCUCCUGGACAUUACAGACAUUACAACUUGUUUACUGGUUGCUGGUGAUACAAGCAUGAUACAAGGGGCUGGUAUUUAAGAAGCUUGUCAGCAGAGGCCUGCUCCAUGUAGCAGUCAUAUGAGCACCUCCCUCUGGCCUCCCACAACAACAAUAUCUGGCAUAUUUGGUACACAGGAAAACAUGUCAUCAUGAAACCAACUUACACAAGAAUGUUUAUGGAUGUGUGCUGUUGGUGAGACUACCUGUCUCACCUCACUGGCUAUCAGGUCGACAAGGCGGUCAUGUCUACCAAUGUACAGGUCCUUGUACUAUGAACAGCAACGAGUCACAACAUGGGCAACAGACUAUUACGUUUGACUCAUGUAAAAUACAAAAUGGGUCAUGGUUUGCAGGGUACCAGAGUGCUAGAUUGUAUUUUGUAGGUAGAACCUGUAACCUCACCUUAACGGUAAAGGUGAGAAUGGCCUCGCUAACAACAUCAUUCUGAUACAUGGAGUGGGAGACUGAAUGGUCAGCACAGUCCAGAGUAGCAAGUUUCCCCUGCAGCCUCAGGCCAGCCCAGUGCUGCCGUACCUGCAUCUGCCUGAUACCGAGGAGUGUUGUCCUCAAUGUAAUCAUAAUACUUUUAUUAAACUUUUCUAGCGCUUUUCAUUACAGACAGAAUCUCAAAGCGCUUGUUAAGCAAAAUACACAAGUAAUUUAAAAAUAAAUAUAGGCUACAACAGUAGCUAGAUCAGUUACAGUGGGGAGAACAAGUAUUUGAUACACUGCCGAUUUUGCAGGUUUUCCUACUUACAAAGCAUGUAGAGGUCUGUAAUUUUUAUCAUAGGUAUACUUCAACUGUGAGAGACGGAAUCUAAAACAAAAAUCCAGAAAAUCACAUUGUAUGAUUUUUAAGUAAUGAAUUUGCAUUAUAUUGCAUGACAUAAGUAUUUGAUACAUCAGAAAAGCAGAACUUAAUAUUUGGUACAGAAACCUUUGUUUGCAAUUACAGAGAUCAUACGUUUCCUGUAGGUCUUGACCAGGUUUGCACACACUGCAGCAGGGAUUUUGGCCCACUCCUCCAUACAGACCUUCAGGUUUCGGGGCUGUCGCUGGGCAAUACAGACUUUCAGCUCCCUCCAAAGAUUUUCUAUUGGGUUCAGGUCUGGAGACUGGCUAGGCCACUCCAGAACCUUGAGAUGCUUCUUACGGAGCCACUCCUUAGUUGCCCUGGCUGUGUGUUUCGGGUCGUUGUCAUGCUGGAAGACCCAGCCACGACCCAUCUUCAAUGCUCUUACUGAGGGAAGGAGGUUGUUGGCCAAGAUCUCGCGAUACAUGGCCCCAUCCAUCCUCCCCUCAAUACGGUGCAGUCGUCCUGUCCCCUUUGCAGAAAAGCAUCCCCAAAGAAUGAUGUUUCCACCUCCAUGCUUCACGGUUGGGAUGGUGUUCUUGGGGUUGUACUCAUCCUUCUUCUUCCUCCAAACACAGCGAGUGGAGUUUAGACCAAAUACCUAUAUUUUUGUCUCAUCAGACCACAUGACCUUCUCCCAUUCCUCCUCUGGAUCAUCCAGAUGGUCAUUGGCAAACUUCAGACGGGCCUGGACAUGCGCUGGCUUGAGCAGGAGGACCUUGCGUGCGCUGCAGGAUUUUAAUCCAUGACGGCGUAGUGUGUUACUAAUGGUUUUCUUUGAGACUGUGGUCCCAGCUCUCUUCAGGUCAUUGACCAGGUCCUGCCGUGAAGUUCUGGGCUGAUCCCUCACCUUCCUCAUGAUCAUUGAUGCCCCACAAGGUGAGAUCUUGCAUGGAGCCCCAGACCGAGGGUGAUUGACCGUCAUCUUGAACUUCUUUCAUUUUCUAAUAAUUGCACCAACAGUUGUUGCCUUCUCGCCAAGCUGCUUGCCUAUUGUCCUGUAGCCCAUCCCAGCCUUGUGCAGGUCUACAAUUUUAUCCCUGAUGUCCUUACACAGCUCUCUGGUCUUGGCCAUUGUGGAGAGGUUGGAGUCUGUUUGAUUGAGUGUGUGGACAGGUGUCUUUUAUACAGGUAACGAGUUCAAACAGGUGCAGUUAAUACAGGUAAUGAGUGGAGAACAGGAGGGCUUCUUAAAGAAAAACUAACAGGUCUGUGAGAGCCGGAAUUCUUACUGGUUGGUAGGUGAUCAAAUACUUAUGUCAUGCAAUAAAAUGCAAAUUAAUUACUUAAAAAUCAUACAAUGUGAUUUUCUGGAUUUUUGUUUUAGAUUCCGUCUCUCACAGUUGAAGUGUACCUAUGAUCAAAAGUACAGACCUCUACAUGCUUUGUAAGUAGGAAAACCUGCAAAAUCGGCAGUGUAUCAAAUACUUGUUCUUCCCACUGUAUAUCAAGUCUGUUUGAGUGCUUCUUGAAGCCUCCAGCAGAUUGGUAGCCACGGUCAUGAGAGGAUCUGGAAGCUCAUAGUCAGCGGAGGUGGUGGCAGGGCGUCCCAGCUGUUUGCAGCUUCUCUAUAUUGGGACUCUAUGAUGAGCUCCCCAGAGAGUACAGCCCUCUCCUUACUUCAGAAGUACCCCCCUGAGCAAUUAAACAGCUGGCCCACUGUCAACUCUGCGUUGGUGAAAAACAACCCAAAGUCAGUAGGUAUAAUUCUAAUGAAAACACAUUAGCUAGCUUGUUGAACACGCUGAUUUUCAUCAAGUUACAGGCUGGAUUCCAAUUCAUGAUAUCAAGACUUGAUCUGCACGCUUUUAGCUGAGGAAAAAUAAAAGGUUUGUAAAAAAUAAAUACAAAUAAUUAUAAUAUGUAGAUAAUUUAUAUGAGCUCUCUGCCUAGGCUGCCACUAGGCGCCAUGGAAACUAUAGAACUAGGAUGAGAUGACAGAAGCCUCCACGACAACACAGGAGUCUGCCACAACCGCUUCAGAGGCAGUCUGUGUCCAUCUGAGCUCAGGUUGUUGAGGUCUGGCUAAUCUGACCAGACUCCAAAGCCUGCGGAACAAGUGUCCAAUCCUCGUGUGUAGAACCCCCCCCCCCCCCCCCCAGAUGUUUUGCAGAGAAGACGCUGUUCUUGUAGAAUACUCUAUUCCAUUUCCCUGGCUCCACACACACAUUGCACAACACACAGACACAUGCUCGCACUCGUGUAUGCACAUCCUCAUUGACGAGACCCAUGAUGGAUGUAAUUAGAUCAGUAUAAUUGAAUCUGUCUGUCUUUCACAGUCACACCGCUGGACGUUGUGAAGAUACGGCUGCAGGCCCAGCAAACACCAUUCUAUCAAGGUAGAACAUUAACAGACAACAUUCGCUGCUUAUACUAUGAGUCUGCUUAUUGCUUCUUACCAUUGCGGGUAUAGCCUAAGUGUUAGAUGUUUAAGUCCCCACUCCCCACCCCUGAAAACUCAACUGCACUGUCAUUGCUUUCCCCGUGAGAGACUGCAUUCAGCCUCUUGCCCCUGUCUGCUCCCUAAGCCUAAAUAAUAGAAGAGGGGUUAAGGUAAAGUGGGUUUAGAAGUCCUUAUGUCUGCAAUGUUGACCUUACGCAGCCAUGUCGGGCUACAUUUAGUGGAAUAUGAGACAUGCUUUAGCUUUUCUCUGCUCAAAUGCUUAUUUUGUGUGUCUUGUGUGCUCUUUCAUUGUCUCUCCAUCUCUGUGUUUCUGUCUCUUUCUUUGCUUUGUUUCAUAGCUUUAGCUGCUGACUCCGCUUCAUGGAGUGGUGUAAUCCGCCCCUCCAAAUGUGAGUAUAACCUGCCGGCGCCGCUCGCUGCAUGCCCAGACUUUGCCCAGUCUGACUGACUACAUGUGCCUUUCUGGCACUGCUCUGCCAGUCUGCCAAUAUGACCUGCUAACAAACUGGGUUUCCUGGGAAAACAAAACAAAUGCACUUUAAACAUAGUCUGAGCAAAUUUAUUUUGAAGUCCCUGGCAAUUAUAUGUACCCUCUGUCUAUCUUCCUCAGUGUACCCUCAUACUCUUCCUCAGUGUACCCUCAUACUCUUCCUCAGUGUACCCUCAUACUCUUCCUCAGUGUACCCUCAUACUCUUCCUCAGUGUACCCUCAUACUCUUCCUCAGUGUACCCUCAUACUCUUCCUCAGUGUACCCUCAUACUCUUCCUCAGUGUACCCUCAUACUCUUCCUCAGUGUACCCUCAUACUCUCAGCUGAUGAUUGUGAAUGAUUAUAUGGGCCACAGCCUUGGCUCUCUCUCACUCCUCUCUCUCCUCUCUCUCUCUCACCUCUCUCACACACACACACACCACUCUACCAACCAUGACUCACUCUGAACAUUGAUACAUAAAACAACUGAAAAAUAGCCCAGUUAGUAUUAGCAUGUUGAACUUUACAACCAACUGAUGUGGUAACAAUGAGUACUUUCUGGUACUUCAAAGAAUUCAACAUGAUUCAUAGCUACCGAUAUCAAAUUUUGCCUUGUGGUGCUUGUGUUUAUGAAUCUCAAAGAAACAAACAAGUACUUCAUAGGUUAUACUGUGUAAUACCGAUUUUACUAUGUCCUUUUCUAUUACUAGAGGAGCACAUUUGUUUGUUUAUAGAUUUCUCCUCAAACAUUUGUAAUCUGCCUUUGCCUUGGAUUGACCAUUUGCCAAUACCUAAAAUAAGCCCAAAACUAGUAGUCCAGAGCAGGCCUUGGCUGAAAGCAGCAUUGGUGUUAUCGUCCCCAGUGUCUGUCUGAUCGGUCAUUGCCAUUACCUCUGUUAUUAAUAGCUUAUCUAACCUCUGUCAUGGACAUGGACACCCUCACAUUAACUUAUAUUGAACUACUGACUGAAAAACAAACUGUUCAAGUAUUUUAUUUUUACCAAUGGCAUUAUUUUAUAGAACUAUUGAAUAUCCAUUCAUUUGACAGAACUAGAAGCUAUAGAUGUAUCAAACGGACAUACUGUAAUUACACAUUACCUACAGAGACACCAACAUUUGGCAUUACUCCCAAUAGGUUCACAUUUACCUAUCUACAGUGUAGAUAGAAGUAGAGCAUCAUGUCUAAUACAGUAACAUAUUAACCAGUAUGGUUAUGUUUUGGUGACCCUGUUUUUGUGUUUGUCUCUCAGGGAAGUGCUUCCUGUAUUGUAAUGGCCUGAUGGAUCACAUCUAUGUGUGUCAGAAUGGGGCCAGCUGCACCAGCUGGUACAAAACACCAACCCACUUCAGUGGCACCCUGGUAAGAGACUCAGGACCCUCUUAUUCACUCCCGCCAACACAGCACCACAUCACCUGGUUUGACAUAGUUAAACCACUGGAUGGGGAACUACCUGUCUUUGAACUCACAAAUGUUAGUAUUUAUUUGGAACUUUUUUUGGAACAGUUUCCAAGGACAAACACAGUGUGGUGUUUGUUUUUCCCAGGAUGCUUUUGUGAAGAUCACGCGCCACGAGGGGGUCAGGUCUCUGUGGAGCGGGCUGCCUCCCACACUGUGAGUCACUGGGGUAUUUCAAGUACAUGUAUUUGUAAUAAAUCAAAUAUAGCAAAAUAAAGAACGGUUACAAGAGCUAUCUGUACUUGAUUGUAUAAAAGAGAGAACUCAGAACUAUGACUUUAUAUGCAAUCAAUUUCAGUUUGUUGUUUUGCACCAAAUCAUGUAACAGCUUGCAGAGCUUUGAGAUCGGCAGUCUCUCUUCCUGUUUGUGUACAGGGUGAUGGCGGUGCCUGCCACGGUCAUCUACUUCACCUGCUAUGACCAGCUCAGAGACUUACUGUGCUACGGCAUGGGGUUCCAAGGCAACUACAUCCCCCUCGUGGCAGGGGGUCUCGCUAGACGUAAGUGGACUACAUGGGACGGGGGGGUCACAAUCUGGAAGUUGAUUACAUCUUGAUUGAUACAGUUCAGUUGUCACACACCACACUAAGAAUGUAGAUGUAUAAUAGUCAUUAUUAUAUUGCUCCCUUCUGUAGCAUCUUGUGUUUGUUGCUGCCCCUCUUCCGUUGACUCACUCUCUUCCUCUCUCCCCCGUCUCUCUGUGUUCUCCAGUGGGAGCAGUGAGUGUGAUCAGCCCGUUGGAGCUGGUGCGCACCAAGAUGCAGUCCCGGAAGCUGACCUACAGCGAGCUGAGGGUGUGUAUCCGCUCUAGUGUUGCCCAGGACGGCUGGCUGUCCCUGUGGAGGGGCUGGGGACCCACCGUCCUACGAGACGUCCCCUUCUCAGGUGAGACUUCACCUCCAUGGACGUUAUGUCUUCUUAUUUCACUAACCAUCUAUCUGUCACUGCUAGAGCUUAGUUGGAGUGGUUGAUGGUAGUUGGGGGUUACAGAAUGAAGACCGCCUGUGUGGGUGAAUAAUACAACUAUCUUCGGUGUGAUAAUGUUUCUCAGUGACUUUACAACCUGACUGUUUUUGUUUUUCUGUGUGUGUGUGCAGCCCUGUACUGGUUCAACUAUGAGCUGGUGAAGGCCCAGCUGUGUGAUCAGUACGAUGUGUCUCAGGCCACCUUCUCCAUCAGCUUCACAGCAGGGGCCAUCUCUGGAGCUGUGAGUAUCUCAUUAAUACCUCUAACUGUGGGAAUUUACAAUGUAUCUAAAGAAGACGUCUUCAUUAGAUGUAAUAAAGAAGAUGAUGGAUGGUUUGUACUUUGCAAGGUGUGUACAGUUAAAUAGUCAAACUCUUGUUUCUACUCCUGUUCUAUUCAGUUUACUGUAAGUGAGGCGGAGGUGUGUUUUAUUAUUAUGGGUAGAUCAAUGAACACAUUGACAUAUUUUUUAUUUAUUUUACCUUUAUUUAACCAGGUAAGCCAGUUGAGAACAAGUUCUCAUUUACAACUGCGACUUGGCCAAGAUAAAGCAAAGCAGUGCGAUAAAAACAACAACACAGAGUUACAUAUGGGGUAAAAAAAAAUAUGAUUAAAAUUCAGUGUGCUAUCUCUCACCAGGAUGAGAAAGCCAGUUGUAACAGAGCUGUUAUCGGUAUUUAUGACGGAUGGAGGCCAAAUGUGUCUCCCUGCUGUGUCUCCCUGCUGAAAACUGGCCUUUGUUUGUUUAGAGAGAUUCUCUCAUAUGUGAGAGAAGUGGACACACAGGAAGUUCCCUAUCAAAUCAUGGCAGUUCCUCAUUCCUCUCAUGAGUUAUUAUAAGGGUUGAGUUGAAACCAUAAAAAAAUAGAGAAUUGCUGUGUCAUUGUGACUGUAAACCAUUAGACUGUAGAUAAUUGAUAACAGGUGGACCCCUGGUUAAAGCCUGUUUUUACAGUGUUUCUCCUGUCUAGUUACAUAACUUAACCCCUGAUCUACUGAUCAGCAGUAUGUUAUGUUGAUUUCACUAGGUAUUGCUGUUGAUUUCACUGGGUAUUGCUGUUGAUUUCACUGGGUAUUGCUUAUAGAGAGUGUGUCUAUUGUCUUCUGUCCCAGGUGGCUGCCAUCAUGACCCUGCCUUUUGACGUAGUGAAGACUCGGAGACAGAUCCAACUGGGAGAGAUGGAGACACUGGGAGGUGUGUAACUACAGGGUCUUAUGCGCCCUUAAGGCCAUUCACAUCUGUGAAAAGGUAUUUUCUCCUCUCUGAUAGUGCGUAGGAUUGCCCACUAAAUCUGUCUUUCUCCCCUUCCUCCUAGUUCCUGUGAAGAACCCCACAUCCACAUUGCAUAUCAUGAGGGGAAUUUGGGCUGAAUCGGGCUACAGGGGGCUCUUUGCAGGUAAGUCCAAAAGGAUGCAUAAAAAGUAUAUAUUUGCAAUGUUUGAAGCGCUGGUAUAGAAAGCAGUCUGAAUGGAGGACUAAUCACGUAAAUUGUGUCUCUGUAUCCCCCUCAGGCUUCCUACCCAGGGUGAUCAAAGUGGCCCCAGCCUGUGCUGUCAUGAUCAGCACCUAUGAGUUUGGGAAGACCUUCUUCCAGAAGAUGAACCUUGACCGGGAGCAACAGGCCUGCUGAGGGGCUGUGUGUGUGGAGAAGCAGGGUUGGCUGCCUUCCUCUGGAGCAGAAUGGGAAGAGACUAUUAGCAGCUGCCCAUGCACGCUGUGCAAGACUGCUCCUAGUCAAGACUUUGCACCUAGACACCUGAGCUUCAAAUCACCCUGGAGGAGUCUGUCUGUCUCUCAAUUCAGACAAAGGCGAAGACAUGAGGAAUGGACUUUUUUUGUCUGUUUUCUAGCCCUUUCUAUUGGCCCACAGGGAGGCUGCUCCUACUACUGUGAACACUGUCAUACGUGUAUCCAUGAAUGUAUCCAUUAGUUAAACUCAGAACUGUGGGGGAACGGCCCUGUGACUAAGGCUUAUUCAGACUUUGGCAUGCUUUCCUUGCACACUAAAGGAGUUGUUCAUCUUUGCUAGUACAGCCCCCUGCUGUUCAUACCUGGGAGAACACUUCUAACAACAACCCUAAAAAAAACUGCAUGCAAAGUAAUCCAUUCAAUCAAUACCUUCCCUUCACCUACUAGCCCAGACCAAAUGCAUGGUUGAGUGGAUACUUGUCUAUUCUUAGUGUAGCAUUCUCUCAUAUUGAUUUGUCAUCUGCCCAAUGGUAGCCUACUAUCCAAUGUUCAUUUUUUUGUGAUGGGAAUAAAUACAAUACAUAUGUAGGUGGGUUACCAUGGAUCAUUCCCAGAGGAUGAGAACUGGGUAAAGUGCCACUUUUUUGAUGGGUUAAUUUGGUAGAUGUUAUUCAAUCAAAUGAAAUACUUAAGACAAAACAGCUGACAAAUUCUCAUA